AUGACAACAAUGACAGUACAGUAUAACUUGGAUGUUUCAACUUCUCGACCUUGGACUCUAUUUAAGCUUUUGUUUCGAUGGCGUGGAAGUAUAUGGAAAUCAGUAAUUCUAGAAUUAUUUGUUUGGCUAGUAUUAUUUACGAUAAUAUCAAUAAUAUACAGAGUUGCAUUGACGGAUGAACAAGUUAGCAAAUUUGAGCAAUUUGUACAUUACUGUGAUGAAAAAUUGGAUUAUAUCCCUUUAAAUUUCAUGCUUGGAUUUUUUGUAACUUCUGUACUGUCCAGAUGGAUCAAUUUCUUUGUAAACAUUGGGUACAUUGAUAACAUAGCAUUAAUGGUGGCAGCGUACGUAAAAGGCUCAGACGAACAUACACGUAUGUUGCGUCGCAAUAUAAUUCGAUACUGUGUUUUAUCUCAGGCAUUAGUGUUUCGUGAUAUUAGUAUGCGAGUUCGCAAGCGUUUUCCUACCAUUGAAACGUUGGUUGCUGCUGGUUUCAUGAUGGAGCACGAGAAACAGAAAUAUGAUGCAAUUCAGUAUCGUUACGCUAAGUAUUGGAUGCCAUUUCAGUGGGCUUUAUCACUUUGUCAAGAGGCUCGAAAUCAACGCAAAAUUUCAAGUGAUAUUCUGUUGGAAAAGGUUGGAGAAGAAAUUAAAGUAUUUCGCACAAAUUUGGCAAUUUUAUGCAAUUUUGACUGGGUUCCAUUGCCAAUUAUGUAUCCACAGCUAAUUGUUUUAGCUGUUCAUACGUAUUUUCUUGUUGGCGCAAUUUCCAGGCAAUUCAUUAUUAGUGAAGGAGCGCUGAAUAAAUCAAAAAUGGAUAUUUAUAUACCAGUAAUGACUGCUAUACAGUUUGUGUUUUAUAUGGGAUGGUUGAAAGUGGCAGAGGCAAUGCUUAAUCCAUUUGGCGAAGAUGAUGACGACUUUGAAUGCAAUUUUCUUAUAGACAAAAAUCUUACUGUUGGAUUAACAAUUGUUGAUGCUGGAUAUAAUAAUAAAACACCAGCAUUGCUUAAAGAUGUUUUCUGGAGUGAAACUGAAAUUGAACCAUUAUAUUCAGCACAAUCAGCCCGUGAAGAGCAUUGGCUUUCGGGUAUAACAGGUUCUACUGCCAAUGUUCAAUUAAUGGAUCAAAAAAGCAAGAUUAAAAUGUUGCCAUUACCACAUGAAAUAGCAAGUCAUCGUUCUAUUCCUGCUUUUUUGCGUAAUUCCAUGCAACGUAGCACUCGUGGAGAAAGAUCAUUGAGUCAUUCGAACUUCAAUACGAAUCAAACUAGCAGCAAUUGUGGCGUUAUAAUCAACCAAAGUAGUGAUGAAUUAUCAGGAUUGGAAAAAGGCUGUUAUAAAUGUGAUAAUGAGAUUGGAAGUCAAAGAAGUAGCUUGAAUGAAGUUUUAGAAACUAUCGUUCGUGAAUCACACUCUUAUAGUAAUCCUAUUAUCAACUUAUCAGAUGAAGAUCAACCGCUUACAUUGAAGCAUGUAUCAGAUAAUGCAAGCCAAAACACGAUGACAAAUUCUGUAAAUGUGCAAAAGUUUGGCAACCGAUCGCUUACCAACAAAGAUUCUAGCGACUAUUGUAAAGGCACAUUUCGUCGCGUGAGUAGUCCUAUCAGUGGUAAUUGUAACGAUCGACUUACUGUUCUGAAGCAGAAAUCACGUGCUGAAAGUAAACUUCAGCAUAAGUGCGCAGUGUCAUGA